CAUAGGGCAGACAUCCCAUGUCCUGGGAGACGACUAUUUUUGGCUCAGCCAUGAAUAACUGCGUGCUCCUGGAGGAACUGCUGAUCAAAAAAUCCCAGCAGAAGAGAAGGACUUCACCCUCCAACUUCAAAGUGCGCUUCUUUGUCUUAACAAAAUCCAAGCUGGCUUACUAUGAACACCGCCAUGGGAAAAAAAGGACUUUGAAGGGUUCUGUGGAACUUUCCAGGAUUAAAUGUGUGGAAAUUGUGAAAAGUGACAUCAUCAUUCCCUGUCAGUAUAAAUAUCCUUUCCAGAUCGUCCACGACAACUACAUACUCUACGUGUUUGCUCCCAAUCGCGAGAGCCGGCAGAGAUGGGUCUUUACGCUGAAGGAAGAAACCAGAAACAACAACAGUCUGGUUGCAAAGUGUCAUCCAGAUUUUUGGAUAGAUGGCAAGUGGAGAUGCUGUGCUCAGACAGAGAAGAUGGCAGCUGGCUGCGUGGAGUAUGACCCCACCAAAAAUGCCUCAAAGAAGCCUCUUCCUCCCACUCCUGAGGAUAACUGGAAAUUGUUGCUAGACCCAAAGGAAGCCUUAGUCAUGGCCAUAUAUGACUAUGAAGCCCAGAAUCCGCAGGAGCUGACAUUACAAUAUAAUGAGGAAUAUUACGUGAUUGACAGCUCUGAGGAGCAUUGGUGGCUGAUUCAGGAUAAGAAUGGGCAUGAAGGCUACGUGCCAAGUAGCUACCUGGUGGAAAAAUCACCCGAGAAUCUGCAAAUAUAUGAAUGGUACAAUAAGAACAUCAGCAGAAGCAAAGCAGAAACACUCCUCAAGGAUGAGGGUAGGGAAGGUGCCUUCAUGGUGAGAGAUUCGAGGCAGCCUGGCAUGUACACAGUCUCUGUUUUCACCAAAGCAUUAAGCACGGAUAACAAUCCCGUUAUAAAGCAUUAUCACAUCAAUGAGACAACUGACUUUCCCAAGCGAUAUUACUUGGCAGAAAAGCAUGUGUUUGACUGCAUCCCUGAACUCAUCAACUAUCACCAGCACAAUGCGGGAGGUCUUGUCACUCGUUUGCGGUAUGCAGUCUCUUCUUGGAGAAAAAAGGCCCCGAUCACUGCAGGGCUGAGCUACGGAAAAUUGGUCAUUAACCCCUCUGAGCUCACCCGUGUCCAGGAGAUUGGCAGUGGUCAGUUUGGGGUGGUCUACCUUGGCUACUUGCUGGAAAAAACGAAAGUAGCCAUAAAGACCAUUCGUGAAGGAGCAAUGUCUGAAGAGGAUUUCAUCGAGGAAGCUAAAGUCUUGAUGAAGCUGUCUCACCCCAAGCUAGUCCAGCUUUAUGGUGUGUGCUUUGAGAACACUCCCAUCUGCCUGGUGUUUGAGUUCAUGGAGAACGGCUGCUUGUCUGACUACCUCAGGAGCCAGCGGGGCAGUUUUUCAAAGGAAACCCUGCUGGGGAUGUGCCAAGAUGUGUGUGAAGGAAUGGCUUAUCUGGAACAAAAUUCUGUCAUCCACAGAGAUCUGGCGGCUAGGAACUGCCUGGUGGGGGAAUCCCACGUGGUCAAAGUGUCCGACUUCGGGAUGUCGAGGAUUGUCCUUGACGAUCAGUAUACCAGCUCCACGGGUACCAAGUUUCCAGUCAAGUGGUCUGCUCCAGAGGUUUUCUCCUACAGCAACUAUAGCACCAAAUCCGAUGUUUGGUCAUUUGGAGUGCUGAUGUGGGAGGUCUUCAGUGAAGGUAAAAUGCCCUAUGAGAAUCGCACCAAUGGAGAAGUGGUGGAAGAAAUCAAUGCAGGAUUUCGGCUCUACAAACCCAAGCUGGCCUCCAAGGCGAUUUAUGAGGUCAUGAGCCACUGCUGGAGGAUGAGGAAAGAUGACCGGCCGUCCUUUUCUGUUCUGUUGUAUCACCUGAGUGAAAUCUCUGAAUUUGAUCUGUAAUCCUGACACCAGCCACUAAGCGAAGCUAAGAGAGUCCCAAGAGGGCAGAUGGCUGGAUUUUCCCCACACAAAGCAUUAACAGGAAUCAUCUCAACAUAGACAUUUGCCAUAUGCCUGGGGAGAAGGAGAGGACAGAGGCUGGUACUUCCAGACAGACAAGAUAUCCCCAGGCCUUCCAGAGCCUACACAGGCUCUGGUUUGGUCAAGAACGUGGUUUGCAGCUUACAAGCAGAACCAGCAAUUGAGCACAGUCCUGAACCACACAAUCCAGCAAGUGUAUUUCUCCUGAAGGUACAGCCUGAAAACUAAGAGAUCUGAUAUUGCCAUUCCAGUUCUGUGAACUCCCAAAUUAAGGUCUUCCCUGGGAAAAAAAACCAAACCUGUCUUUGACUAAGGAGGAAUGUUUAGACAUUUCCGUGGCGCUCUAAUUCAGAGUGGGCUGGACCUGCAAGCUCUGAACAGGAAUAAGCCUGGGACACAGGGGAACAGGCUGGAUUUAGUGACUGCACUUCUGAUGGUGAUAGUUCAAGGUGGUUUUGUUCCCUGUUUGCAUGAUUUUCUCUGAAACUGUGGCAUACCAGGAACAGGAUUCUUGUUCCUGGUAAGCUGAUGAGGUGUCUGCAUGUGCACGCGAGUUUGUGAGGAAGGAAGAGAAAAAGCAACAUGUGGAAGAGUCUUGAAAUUCUCUCAAAUUUGACUGUAUAGUGAGAGGGAAAAUGGGACUCUCUGAUGCAAAUGGAGACAUUCUUGGAGGCGGGGAACUCAACGCUGAAAGUUUGUAUGAGUUUUUUCUUCAGUCUUUCUGAAUCAGAAGAUAAAUAUGUGAUCUCCAUCCAAUUUCUUUGAACUGAAUACGGAGGACUGAGCAGUGCAGAGUGCUAUGUGUCCCCAGGCCAGGACAAGACAGGAUCCCAGGACCCAAUUAUCUGUGAAAGGCACAGGAACCUUCUCCUGAACUUGUGUGUUUGGAAGGAAGGAGACGGAGAGCUCAGAAGGGUAGCCAGGAGGAGAAAACACGCAGGUUAUGUACUCGGUGCACCAGCAAUAACGAGAAGAGUUUUCUCCUACUUUGAAGAGUAACUGAGUCAUCACAAGUAAGGACUUUUCCAUCUCUUCUGUGAACAAACUGGUGAAUCCUGUAGGGACUGAUGGAAGAAAAAGUCCUAUGCGAAUGGACUGCCUGGGUGCGUGCUCCACAAGGAGUUCCACAUUAUGUGGUGAUGGCAGAAGAAGGUUUAAAAAAAAUUCAUCUCCUGGUACUUUAGUGAAAAUCUACUUUUUCACCACAAGACAGAGACAUUGUUUUGACAUAACUGACCUCAAAAUCGACAGUGUGGGUGUUAGUGUCCUGCAGAAUUUGUAAAUAAGAUCAGGACUUUCUGCUUAGCAUUAACAAUAACUAGAGAAGUCAAGAGGACUCACACACGAUAUGUGCAUAUAUGCAGUAUUUUUUUGAUGCUUCUCUGUUUGGGCAAGUGAG